UAUCACGAAAAAUAAUUCCGUUUAAGUAGCAUUUCGAAAGUUGCGUUCAAUGUAUGCAAGUCGAAUCUAUCGGUGAGCAUAAUGAAUUUCCAUAUCAAAAAUAAAGCACAGAAGAAAAACAACAACAACAACAACAACAACGGAUGGAUUAAUCCACUUGAGCAUGAACAAUUACGAAAUCACCGCCAAUUAAUCGUAAAGAAACAAUCAACACGAAAAAAAAACAAAAUGUUCAAUGGAAAAUUCAGUGUCGCAUGAGCGCAUAAUAGCAAAGCAGCGAUUAUGAAAUAAGAAUAAAAUGCAAUGACUGAUUUUCGAUGUGCAUGUGUUUUGAAUUUUACUUUUACUAUUCAUAUGCGGAAAUAUGCUGAACACGAAACAGCAGAUAUUAUGUCGAAUCUUAGCAUGUCAGCCAAAACAAUAACAAAUCAACGAUGAAAAAAAAAACACAUGAACCAACCUGUGAGCCAACCAACCAACCAACCAACUAGUUAAGCACUUUUAGUACGGCAAAUUUCUUGAUGUUAUUGUAUUUUGCCUCUAGUACAAAACGUCAAUGUCACUUUCCCGUUCGCGAGUUGAUGUUUGCAAUCACAAAACUGCUAGUGUGAUCACAAUAUUAAGAGGCCCGCACACCUACCUCUCUCAGUCGAAAUGAUUUCGAUUUUGUGCAAAAGUUGUAUAACAAAACAAACACACAGCAUCACAAGUAUCAAUCGUUAUUUUAAUAUUUUAAGUGGAAAUCAAUUGUCAUAUUCGAUAUGUAAAACGUCCGGACGAUAUUUUUGGCGAAAUUUUGCGAGCACAUCAACACUAUCAGCUGCCUCCGUACAAUCGAAUGACGACGCGAAAGAAACAAAACCCAAAAAUGGAAAGCUCGGCACAAAUAUUCUGAGUAAUGUGUUUUCAAAGCGAAAGAAAUUGCCAACAGCGCCAGUGAGCCAGUCGUUGUCAUCGUCAACGGUUGAUUUGUACAGUGGGCCUGAAAUAUCUUCGGCUGAGGUGAUUCAGGCGAUGAUGGUGUACAUUUGGCCCAAAGACAACGAAAUGAUCCGUCGUCGAGUUGCCCUUUCGCUUGGACUACUUGUCGGUGCGAAAGCGUUGAGUGUUUGUGUUCCAUUCCUGUUCAAAGCGGCCGUUGAUAAUUUAAAUGUACUGACUACAGCUUCGGUGCCCGAUACAUCAUUGACAAUUUGCACAUCAAUCAUUCUCGGCUACGGCAUUGCCCGUUUGAGUGCGGCUGGCUUCAGUGAAUUACGUAAUGCAGUUUUCGCACAAGUUGCACAGCAUUCGAUUCGAAAAAUUGCGACCAAUGUUUUCAUGCACAUGCAUAAACUGGAUCUGAGGUUUCAUUUGAAUCGACAAACUGGUGCUCUUUCGAAAACCAUCGAUCGUGGAUCGCGUGGCAUCAACUUCGUGCUAACAGCAAUGGUGUUUAAUGUUGUGCCAACGAUUUUUGAAUUGGCUUUGGUCUCAACCAUUCUUGGAAUCAAAUGUGGACCGGCUUUCGCAUGCAUUUCGUUGAGCUGCGUCGGAAUUUAUGCCGCAUUCACAUUGGGUAUCACAUCAUGGCGUACGAAAUUCCGUGUUUACAUGAACAAAGCGGAAAAUCAAGCCGGAAACAAGGCCAUUGACUCGCUCAUCAAUUACGAAACGGUGAAAUAUUUCAACAACGAAAAAUACGAAGCCGAACAAUACGAUAAAGUGUUGCAAAAAUACGAAGUGGCCAGUUUAAAAACGGCAUCGAGUUUGGCACUUUUGAAUGCCGGUCAACAUGCAAUAUUCAGCGUCGGUUUGACGGCAAUUAUGUACCUGGCCGCACAAGAAAUUGCCAAAGGAAAUAUGACCGUCGGUGAUUUGGUCAUGGUGAACGGUUUGCUGUUCCAAUUGUCAAUUCCGCUAGGAUUUCUGGGCAGUGUUUAUCGUGAGGUACGGCAAGCUGUUCUCGAUAUGAGUGCCAUGUUUCGGCUGAUGAACCUUGAGGCAGCAAUUCAAAACAAACCAAAUGCACCGUAUUUGUCGAUUGGACGCGAGAAUGCUGCCAUUUCCUUCCGAAAUGUGUCUUUCGAAUAUGAAGCGGGGAAGAAAAUUUUCGACGGUCUAUCGUUUGAUAUACCAGCGGGUAAGAAGAUUGCCUUUGUCGGUGGCAGUGGAAGUGGUAAAAGUUCAAUGGUUCGUUUGUUGUAUAGAUUUUUUGAGCCAAUUUCGGGCACGAUAAGUAUUGGCAACCAACAAAUCACCGAUGUUGACUUGGAUAGUUUACGUAAAGCAAUCGCAAUUGUGCCUCAAGAGUGUGUUUUGUUCAACGAUUCAAUAGGGUUCAACAUUGGAUAUGGUGAUUUGAGCAAAAGUCAAGCUGAAAUUGAAGAAGCCGCACGAAUGGCCGGUUUGCAUGAAGCCAUCAUUAAGUGGCCAAGACAAUACGAUACACAAGUCGGUGAACGUGGACUCAAACUGUCUGGAGGUGAAAAGCAACGAGUUGCUAUCGCAAGAGCCAUUCUUAAGGACGCCCCAAUUUUGAUAUUUGACGAAGCAACUAGUAGCUUGGACUCAAUCACUGAGCAUAAUAUUCUACAAGCACUUGUCGCAGCUACGAAGAGUCGAACCAGCAUUUGCAUCGCACAUCGACUGUCCACCAUUCGAGAUGCCGAUGAGAUUUUAGUUUUGGAUAAAGGCCGUGUUUGCGAACGCGGCACACACGAUAAACUACUCGGCUUAAACGGAUUAUACGCUAAACUAUGGGCUGCCCAAAGCAAAAAUAUUUACUAGGUUUAAAAUGAAUUGUUAACGAUUUCAACAUUUACCUAUCGUUCCACAACCACGUUCGAUUUUAAUUUAAAAAAAAAAGCGUUAUUCUAACAUAUACAAUUGAGUAAGACAUUUUUUUUGAGUUUUAAAGUCUAAAAAAUGUGCUUUGAAAAAUAUCCAAUUAAAAUAUUCCAUUCAAACACUAAAA